AUGGGUCACAGCCGCGAUCGCUCAGCUGGCGGUCCACAUGUAUCACCAGAAAAUCCAAAUCCGUCUACAUCGGGCCUUCAGACAGUCACGCCAGAGAGAGACAGCAUGAGAAAGAAUGAAGAUGACAGCAAGGAUAAAGAAAAUGAAGGCGCACUUUCUGACUGGGUGUCGGGUGGGCCCAUUGGCUCCAAAGCUGCUGUUCUGGUCUUCCGAUCAUGUGUCUUAGCGUCUAGGACUCCAUCAAUGGAGUCUACAACAAAAACUAUAGGAAAUAAUACUGGUACAACAAUACUGCUGAACAAGGCAAAGAAUAUGGCAAAGAGAUUAGUAGCUGAACCUCAUUCCUUUAGUUAUAGACCAAAGACGAUUAUGCACGAUGUUAUGGAAACUUUUGGCAAUGGCAAUAAAUUUUCUACUCAAGCCUAUGUAGUUAGACAUGUUAGUGAUGCAGAAAUGCCUGAAACAGAAGUGGUUGAGGAACAAGGACAUGAGCCGGCAGAGCAUAAGAGAGAUAUAGAAGAUGUACUUAAUGACCUUAGCAAGAUUACGUUGAAAAAGCAUUUGAAUAUUGAAAACACUACUGCAAAUAUCAAACCUCCAGAAGAUCCACCGCCUCCUCUAAAAGACCAGAAAGAAGAGAAGAAAACCAAAAAAAGUAAAAGUAAAAACAAGAAAAAGAACUCCAGUAAUCGGCCGCCGUCGCCAGUUUUAGACAGUGAUGACUCCGAGCACUUACUGGUGAAGGAAGUCGAUAGUGUCAAGGUAUUAGACAGUUCGCACAUGCCUGCGCGCAUCCUGAAGGUCACAUACAAACUAGUAAACACUGAGACGAAGCUCCUCCACCGGCUGCUCCAGGCCCAUGGGUUACAGGAGGCUUCACCUGAAUCCAAAGACUUCAAUCUGCUCUGGUCGGGUCUACACCCGAAACCUGAUGUUUUGAGGGCGUUAGCACCGUACCAAAGAGUUAACCAUUUUCCAAGAUCAUACGAGUUGACUCGCAAAGACAAACUGUUCAAGAACAUAGAGAAGAUGCAAUAUUUUCGCGGCUUGAAACAUUUCGAUUUUGUACCCACGACGUUCCUAAUGCCUGCUGAAUAUAAAGAAUUGUGUUCCACACAUUAUCGUACUAAAGGGCCGUGGAUCGUGAAACCCGCUGCUUCGAGCAGAGGCAGAGGGAUUUAUAUUGUCAAUACACCAGAACAAAUACCUAAAGGCGAGAACGUGGUAGUCGCAAAAUACAUCGACAAACCAUUACUAAUUGGGGGUCACAAAUGUGAUCUUCGAUUGUACGUGUGCAUGACUUCCAUUGACCCUCUUCUUAUAUAUCUUUUCGAGGAGGGUCUGGUGAGGUUUGCCACAGUGAAAUAUGAUAAGACCAACAAGAACUUAUGGAACCCGUGCAUGCAUCUCUGCAAUUACAGCAUCAACAAAUAUCACACAGAUUAUAUCAAAUGUGACGACCCGAACGCAGGUAACAUCGGCCACAAAUGGACAUUAUCGGCAUUACUUCGUCAUCUUCGCAAGCAGGGCAGGAACACCACAGCCCUCAUGGCGGCGAUAGAAGACCUUGUGGUCAAGUCCAUACUCUCUUCAGCACAAACCAUCACAGCUGCCGCGCGAGUUUUCGUUCCAAACUUCUUCAAUUGUUUCGAAUUGUUCGGCUACGAUAUUUUAAUAGAUGAGAUGCUGAAACCCUGGUUGCUGGAAAUAAAUUUAUCACCAAGCCUAGCGUGCGAGAGUCCACUAGACGCACGGGUGAAGUCGGCAUUGCUGGCGGACACGCUGACGCUGGUGGGGAUGCCCGCCGUGCCCACCAAGAUGGAGGCGGUCAACAACUCGCUCAAGAUGCGCAUCGGGGCGUGCCGACGCGUCCACUCGGCUGAGAACGUGUGCCUGACCCGCAAGCCUAACGGGGGCGGGUCGGCGGGGCAGACCGGGCCGGCGCCCGUGGGGGCCAACGGGGCCGCUUUGACCGGGGAGGAGAUGAGGCUGGUGAGGGCCGUGAGAGCCCAGUACGCGAGACGAGGCGGCUUCGUCAGGAUAUUCCCCAGUCAGAACUCUUGGCAGAAGUAUUCUCAGUAUUUGGACCCUGUUUGCGGCGUGCCGGUCUGCUCGACGUCCCUAAACAACAACGCGCCGUACAACGUCGUUCAGCACAAUUACAAUCUGCUGAUACACUCGCACGUGCUGCCCCACUUCCAGAACGCGCUGGUAGCGACCAGCGUCACCGACGCGCCGCAGAGGUUAAAACGCUACGAAGCGGUAACAGUGACAUCGACCGCUCCAGCAAUCAGUCUGGAGCAGCCGGUGUCGGCCAACCAGCAACACCUGGACACGAGGCGCGCCAAGGACCUGGUCAAACGGCAGCUGCUGGACGGCAUGAGACUCACUAUGGGCGAAGGUCGUCGCGCAUUCGGCCUGUUUCUCACCUACGUUCUGAAGCGGAUCUCGUCUCCCGCCAACGAGCUGGCGGUCAGCCACGCCGCGUUGGUGCUGAAGUUCCUGCGCCGCGCGUGCUCCACUCUGCGCAUGCCUUACAAUGGUCCGCCGCCGAAGAUGUGCGACAAGGACAGAUGCGCGGUGAUCGCGAAACAGCUGAACGACUUCCUGUACAUGUACUACCGAGAAACGGACCUCUAUACCGACAGCGAGGAUAAGGAGGGAUGCGUAUCUAAUAUACACUUUGCCCAGUUUCUCUACUCCGCGAGCGAGGCGGACUUGGAAGACGUUCUCCUACUCCUACUGAAGAUCGAGAACCAAGUGACCACGUUCUUGGGAGACAACCGCAACCCGUUCUGCGUGGACCUGCCGCCCAGCAAGCUCAGCGAGCCGCCCACCAAGCACACGCUGCUCAAACACCUGGCUUGCCUGUCUCCAGUCAACACUAGGAGAUAUCGUCCAUCCAUCACCGAAUCGUUCAAGUACGAAGAGGAGCCGUCGAUGUCGGAGCCCGAGCCCCCCGCGCCGCCGCCCUUCACCACCUCGGACCUCGUGCUCAAGGACUCGCUGAAGGAGGAGAAGCCUCUCAACAUGGCGCUCAAGUAUGCCAGGUCCUAGCGAGGGUGAUGCCGUUCG